CUAUUAACCCUUCUUUUUCUUCUCCCAGAGACCACUGACCAGACCACACCACCGCUCUCCAUUCACCUCACCACCGCCGCCGCAACCACUCUCACCUCCUUCUCCAUCCAUCACCGUCGCAUCCUCCUCCGUUUUCUCUGUUGAUUAGAGAGUUAUCUCAUCUCUCUCCAUAAACCCUAAUUGUUGUUAAUUACAAGGUUAUGGAUGUUCCGUUGCCGUUGGAUAAAUUAGCUUUACAACUUAUUAAUAACGAACCCUCCCCUGGAAACACAAGCGAUGGCAAGAUAUAUAUCAUUCUGGUGGCAACUGGAAGCUUUAAUCCACCUACUUUUAUGCAUUUACGUAUGUUCGAGCUUGCAAGAGAUGCAUUGAAUUCCAAAGGCUACUGUGUAAUUGGAGGGUACAUGUCACCUGUGAAUGAUGCAUACAAGAAAAAGAAUCUAAUAUCUGCUGACCAUCGAAUACAAUUAUGUCAUUUGGCCUGCAAAAGUUCAGAAUUUGUAAUGGUUGAUCCAUGGGAGGCAAAUCAAAACACAUAUCAACGCACUUUGACUGUCCUAUCCAGAGUCCACGCUUCUAUUUGUGAGACAGGGUUGAUAUCUAGAGAAUCUCUGAAGGUCAUGCUUGUUUGUGGCUCUGAUCUCCUCCAUUCCUUUGGAAUUCCUGGAUUUUGGAUUCCUGACCAGGUUAAGAGUAUAUGCAGAGAUUAUGGAGUAGUCUGCAUACGCAGAGAAGGACAAAAUAUUGAGAAGACUAUAUCUGAUGAUAAUAUUCUGAAUGAGAAUCAGGCUAAUAUUGAAGUUGUAGAUGAACUUGUACCAAAUCAAAUCAGCUCAACAAGAAUAAGAUUGAUGUGCUGGUUGUUGAUAACACUGCAGUCUGUUCUGCUCCAUCUUUACAUUGGAUUUAUUUUGAGAUGUUGAUGUUGAACUGAUGCAUGAUACUGCUGAUUGCUGCACACAUUUUCCUGUGUCAUUCACCUGUCGUAUGUUGACGAGGUCACUUUGGUAUGUUGGGAGUAUUGGUUCUGUUUUCAGCAGCCAAGCUUUGUUCAGUUAGAUUGUUUUGGAUUUUCACAAGUAGUUUAGUUGGCACUUGUUCAUUUUUUGCAAGGAGUUGGAGAGUGUGAUUGGGAAAGCUGGCUGGUCUGUUGCUUAUGGUGAAAUACUCUUAAAUCAGGAUUGUGUUUGAUUUGGAUGUUCGUUGAUUGCUUUGGAUGUUUACCAUAAGCUGUUUGGGUUGUCAUUGCUAAAACAUUCGUCUUGUUACUUCAAAUAUGUGUAUAGUGUGUUGAUAAGCUUUGGUUAUAUUGGAUUUUCUACUUUGAUGGUGUGCAUUUGUAGUGUUUGUGAAGCAUCAUAUGUUACUGCUAUGUCCAUUAAGGAAGAACUAUGUUGGGAAUUUCUGUUCCUUUGCAGCCCAUAAUUGUUUUUGGUCUCUGGUGAUAUGAAGCAUCAAAGGAAUAUUGAGCUGCUGUAUUGAUGCAAGUUCUAGUCAUGGUGGAGCUCCCUUCUUUUUUGAACACCAUAUUCUGCUGCGUUGCCUCAUAUUCCUGGAUCGUUAUAGAAGCUUUUGGUCUCUGCCUUUGCUUAUGGUUGGUAUUUGGUGAGACUUAUAGUAUGAAUCAGUAUGAUGGUAUAGUGAAUAAUAGCUGUUGUGAAGUGUACUUCUGUCUCUGUUAGCUUCAGCAGGUGCAAUCAUAGAUGACAUGACAAUAAGCAUGUGAUUUAUGAGUGGUGGCUUAUUUGGUUUCUGCACCAAAAUCUCUUGAUUGAUUUGAUUUCUUGAUGUUGGUUAGCCUUUAUUGGCUUGUUUUUGGGCUUCUGUCCAUGAUGGUUAAGCCUUGUUGUGCUUCUGUCAUGGAUGGUUAAGCGUUGUUGUGCUUCUAUCCACGGAUGGUUAAGCGUUGUUGUUGUGCUUCUGUCCAUGAUGGUUAAGCGUUGUUGUGCUUUUGUCCAAGGAUGGUUAGGCGUCGUUUUCUUCUUCUUCUUCUUGUGCUUCUGUCUUGAGUUAUUGAGAACUCUUGAUGGUUAAGCGUUGUGCCUUUUAUGGCUUUGUCGAUGUUGGCUUCUACCGGAUGGUGGUUAAGUGUUGGUUUGUUGCUUCUUCCUCCAAGUGGUUACACAUUGAGUUGUGGUUUCCUCUUGUUGGAUAAGCAUUUGGUUGCUGCUCUUCUCUUGGCCGAUAUAUUUCCGGCAUCUUUCCUUGUAUUUUCAUUUGCUUGAUGUAUUUCCUUGUAUUUUCUCAUUUCAAUGUGGAAGUGUUUUGAGCACCUUCCAACUUGAGGGGGACUAUUAGAUAUAUGUUAGAUACUAGCUAGUUGGCAUUAGUGAAGUAGUAGUAUAUAUAGUUGUAACAACCCCAUUAGUGGGAUAACUUCCUCAUUUGUAAUAUUACAUUUUACUAUCAAUACAACAAUUUC